AUGGCGAUGACAGCGAACCCAUCGGAACGCGUCCAGACGCAGCACAAAGAGGACGGAGCUGAAGAGAGCAGGUCCAUGUCCAGAUCUGACAGUGGGAGUGGAGAGGAUUCUCUGGAUGGCCUGCCAAGCCAUGCCCCCCAGUGUUCUUUGACUCCCUCGCUGUCACCACGUAAACGGACCACCAGCCAAUCCAAAACAGAGCCUCCACUACUGAGAACCAAUAAGAGGACCAUCUACACUGCUGGCAGACCUCCUUGGUACAAUGUAACAGGGACCACCUUCAAAGAGGCCUUUGUCAUUGGUUUAUGUGGAGGAAGUGCUUCUGGGAAAACAACGGUAGCCAAUAAGAUCAUAGAAGCGCUGGAUGUUCCCUGGGUGGUUCUGCUCUCCAUGGAUUCGUUCUACAAGGUGUUGAACAAAGACAAGCAGGAGCUCGCAGCCAAAAACGAAUAUAACUUUGAUCAUCCUGAUGCCUUUGACUUUGAGCUGCUUGUCAACGUGCUGAGGAAGCUCAAGAAAGGAAAGAGUGUCAAAGUCCCCAUCUAUGACUUCACGUCACACUGCAGACGCAAGGAAUGGAAAACAGUGUAUGGAGCUAAUGUUGUCAUCUUCGAGGGCAUCCUGGCCUUUGCCAACAAGGAGCUACUAAAAUUAUUGGACAUGAAAGUGUUUGUGGACACAGAUUCAGAUAUCCGGCUGGUACGGAGGCUGAAGAGGGACAUUACAGAACGUGGACGGGACAUCAGCGGCGUCAUCAAGCAGUACAAUAAGUUUGUCAAGCCUGCGUUUGAGCAGUACAUUGAGCCCACGGUUCAGGUGGCUGACAUUGUGGUGCCUAGAGGAGGAGAGAACUUUGUAGCGCUGGACCUGAUUGUCCAGCAUGUCCAUAGCCAGCUUGAGAAGAGGAAGCUUCGCUGGGAUAUAUCAGCCCUUGCUUUGGCACACCAAGGUCAGCCUUUACCCAAGACUCUCAGUGUCAUGGAAAGUACCCCGCAGGUCCGGGGCAUGCACACCAUCAUCAGGAACAAGGAAACCAACCGUGAUGAGUUUAUCUUCUACUCCAAGAGAUUAAUGAGGCUGCUGAUAGAGCAUGCCCUCUCCUUCCUACCACUUGAGCCAGUGUCUGUGGAGACACCACAAGGGGCCAUUUAUGAGGGCAAGAGACUCAGUGGUAAAAGAAUCACAGGUGUGUCGAUCCUGAGGGCAGGGGAAACAAUGGAGCAGGCUCUGAUGGCUGUAUGUAAAGACAUUCGACUGGGCAAGAUCCUCAUUCAGACCAACCAUGACACAGGAGAACCAGAGCUUCACUAUUUGCGUCUGCCCAAAGACAUCAGCGAAGACUACGUCAUCCUCAUGGACAGCACUGUGUCGACCGGCGCUGCAGCUCUCAUGGCUGUCAGAGUCCUGCUGGACCAUGAUGUCCCAGAGGACAAGAUCUUCUUGUUGUCCCUGCUGAUGGCUGAAAUGGGGGUCAACUCUGUGGCUUAUGCCUUCCCUAAGGUCCGCAUCAUCACCACCGCUGUGGACAAGGAGGUCAACGACCAGUUCCACAUCAUCCCGGGCAUCGGUAACUUUGGUGACCGUUACUUUGGGACAGAUGCCCCCUCGGACUGGUAUGAGAGCGAUGAAGGGAUGGACUACUAAAGCCAGAAAAAGGAAGGAGAAAUGGGUGCUCUUGGGUGUCAUCACACAAGGACUAAGCC